CUGUCGUUCAAGGGCUCCUCUCACCUGCCGCAGCAGCUGAAGUUCACCACCUCCGACUCCUGCGACCGCAUCAAGGAUGAGUUCCAGCUCCUGCAGGCCCAGUACCACAGCUUGAAGUUGGAAUGUGACAAACUAGCCAGUGAGAAAUCGGAGAUGCAGCGUCACUACGUCAUGUAUUACGAGAUGUCUUACGGGCUGAAUAUUGAAAUGCACAAACAGGCUGAAAUUGUCAAGAGGCUAAAUGGGAUCUGUGCGCAGGUUCUGCCCUACCUUUCACAAGAGCAUCAGCAGCAAGUCCUGGGAGCCAUCGAACGAGCCAAGCAGGUUACAGCACCAGAACUGAACUCCAUCAUCCGUCAGCAGCUUCAAGCUCACCAGCUGUCGCAGCUCCAAGCCCUCGCUCUGCCUCUGACUCCGCUCCCGGUGGGCCUCCAGCCCCCAUCCCUCCCUGCUGUCAGCGCUGGCACCGGGCUCCUCUCGCUCUCGGCCCUGGGCUCCCAGGCUCACCUCUCCAAGGAGGACAAGAACGGCCACGACGGGGAUGCCCACCAAGAUGAUGAUGGGGAGAAAUCGGAUUAGAGUGAAUG